UAUUAGUUUUUCGGUUGUAUCUACAAAAUGCGAUGGAGUUAAUGAGGCUGAACUCGAUGGAAGGGCAUCACCCUCACAAACCCUAGCCUAACCGGAAUCCGAUUAGAAACUCAAUCUAAGCGGCGCAGGAAACAUGGCGAGCAAGAAACGCAUGGACACAUUGCAAGCGGAUGUUGACGCAAAAAAGAAACAAAGAAUCAAUAGUACUCAGCCUGAAUCGAUAAUUGGAACUUGCUGCUGCUUAUGGUUUCUACUACCCCUUGACAUAAUGGCUGACAUACUAUCAAGACUACCUGCGAAAUCUGUCGCAAAGUUCCGCUGUGUCUGCAAACGAUAUCUCUCUUUAACUCAUGAUCCCCUUUUCUUGAAAUCGCACCAGGAGAGAUCUUCAAGCUAUGUGGUUGUUGGUAAAUGUCUCCGUCAUGGAGAAAUCUAUAAAUACAGUAAUAUUGGAGAUGGGAAAAAUUCUAAGGAGAUUUACUGUAAAGUUAAACUCGAGAGAGUCUACUAUCAGUUAUCAAAUUUUGUGGAUGGUUUGACUUGUGCUUAUGGCUAUACUGGUAAAUCUGAUUUAUACUUACUAAAUCCCAUGACUCGGGAACUUCAGAAACUCCGAAAGAACAAUAGUCGUCGAGAGUACUUUAAAUAUGAAAAUUUUGGUCUCGGUAUCGACUUGACUAUGGGGCUUUGCAAGAUAGUUAGGUUAUUUACUUGUUCUGAUGAUCGUCGUGUUGUUCAGUGUGAGGUCUAUAAUGUGGUCACAAUGCAAUGGAGAUUCCUUGGUGAAGCUCCCUUUGAAUUAUUCAACCAUUCUAAUUCAGUUUUCUUUCUUGGAGCCCUCCACUGGAUUGGAUGUUUACCAGGAGAUGGAUAUCAAGAUCAAGGAAUACCAAGUAUUUAUAGAUUCAAUAUCAAAGAUGAGAAGUUUGAACCGCCAAUAUCACUCCCAUGUCCGCCAUCCCCUGAUAUGUAUUUGUGUCCUGAUUUUGGUUUGAAGGAGUUAAAGGGGAAGUUUUGGCUGUUUUACAUGAGCUUUGACCGGACAUACUGCGAGAUAUGGACUAUGAAAGAUUAUUUGAAUAGCGCUUGGGUCAAAGUGAGC